AUGAGCUCCUUCUUCUCUGACAGCCCCACACACCCAGCAAAUCUUAUUUGCGAAUUGUGCCGUUUGUUCUACAACAAUGGUUGGGUCACUGGUACUGGAGGCGGCAUUUCUAUUAGAGACGUGGAUGGGCCGAACCCUAAUAUCGUCUACAUUGCACCUUCUGGAAUCCAAAAGGAACGUCUCCAGCCAAGAGAGAUGUUUGUGGCAGAAUUGCCCGGCAAGAUUCUCAGAUCGCCCAAUGAUGACAGCGAUGGCCAGCCUCUUUCUCCUGAUCUAGCAAAGUCUUUCCGCUACAAGCCUCUGGCAUGUACACCAUUGUUUUUGAGUUGCUACAACAUGAGAGAUGCCGGUGCAUGUAUCCACACACACAGUCAGAACGCGGUGAUGGCCACUUUAUUGUUUGAAGAUAAGGUUGAGUUCAGCAUGAGCCAUAUUGAGCAGAUCAAAGCGUUGCCGCACUUGCAAGUGGACUCUGACACCGGGAAAGUACAGAAAGUGGGGUCCAUGCAGUUUUAUGAUACCAUGGUGCUUCCCAUCAUUGACAAUACCCCUCACGAGGAAGACUUGACCGACUCAUUGCAAGAGGCCAUCAAAAAUUAUCCUGGGGCCACUGCUGUUUUGGUUCGUCGCCACGGAAUUUACGUUUGGGGUGAAACAGUCUGGAAGGCCAAAGUGUACAAUGAAGCUAUAGACUACUUGCUCGAGUUGGCAAUCAAAAUGCACCAGGCGGGCAUUCCUUUGGUGAAGAAGUAG